AUGGGCGCGGUGAACCGUUCGUUGAUCCGUUCACAACGUCUCGAUACAAUUAUGUAUACGGAUAUAACGUCGAGCGGAUCGGGCGAGUAUCUGAUGAGGCUGGGAUUGGGAACCCCUCCGGUGGAAUUUCUAGGGUUCGCGGAUACUGGGAGCUCGCUUAUAUGGACGCAAUGCGAGCCAUGCACGAAGUGCUUCAAGCAGCCACACCCUAUUUUUGAUCCCAAAGCCUCGGCCAGUUUCAGAGACAUCGGUUGUCAUUGGGGACAAUGCCAAAAUUUCUCCUCUAUCACGUCUUGUGGCCCGGGCAAUGCUUGUAUGUACAAACAAUCGUACCUUGACGGCUCUAUCUCGAGGGGGAUCCUAGUGUCCGAGACGCUAACCAUCGGGACUCACACGCUGCCUGGGAUGCUAUUGGGUUGCGGCCACGAAAACUCCGUGCUCGCUCCGGGAGGGGCAGGGAUCAUCGGUCUCAACAUGGGCGACCUUUCUCUCCUUACUCAGCUCGACCAAGACAUCAACGGCCUCUUUUCUUACUGCUUCGCGCCCCACGGGUCGAGCCGGCGGAGCGGGAUCAAUUUAGGCCUCAUUUCGAGUCACGUGGGGGGAGUCACAACUUCAUACACCAGCAACCCAGACACGGAAGCUUAUUACUUAACGCUCGAAGCGGUCAGCGUCGCCGGAACACGGUUGGAGUUUCCUGGCUCGGCGGACGGCGAGGGCGAUGGCGAGGGCAAUAUCGCGCUUGACACAGGAACCGUAUUGACGUUUCUUCCCGUCGAUUUCCAUAGCCAAAUGCUGGCCGAGCUUGAAAAGGUGGUGAAGGCGGAGAAAGCGCCGACCGAUAAGACCGGCGGUUUAAGCAAUUGCUACAUGAUGCGGGUCGUAAAUGAAGCCACCCUGCCAGAGAUACAGUUGCAUUUCAAAGGGGCGGACGUGAAAUUGAAGCCGGAGAACUCGUUCCCGAGAAUGACGCGAGAUAUUGUGUGUUUCGGCUUCUUCGGAUCCGGCCACAGUCCGGCGAUAAUGGGGAACAUGGCUCAGACAAAUUUUGUGGUUGAAUAUGAUCGCCACGCCCGGACCGUCUCUUUCGUCCCGCAUGAAUGCGGUUAA